AUGUACUUAGGGCCUGAAGAUGAUCUGAUCAACUAUGAGGUGAAGCAGGAGCGUGCUGAUUCGGAUAGUGAGGUCUCAGGUGCGCUGGUAGUAUCAAGGGCAUGUAGGUUUCUCCCUACCAUCCAGGAUUCCUUACUUAAUUCAUCUCCCAAGCGAUUGCAAAAUCUCCCUGAAUGUGAUUUGCCACACACAGAUGUCACGUAUGAAGAAUUGCUUGCCAUGGUCUGGGAUCUCCGGCCAUUUGAGUCUUACAAUCACACAGGCAUUCAAUCCAUUCAAGAUUGGGUCCGGGAUUACAAACAGCGACACGGACAUAUUCCCAACCCAUCCAUCCAACAACUACUCAAGGCUGAGAGACCAUUCCGAACUGCCUGGGCAGAAACAUCUGACAAACUCAGAAGAGCUGAUGAAGACCUCCGGAGGCUGCAAAGAGCUGAAUGUUUGACUUCCGAAAUGCUCAAGGUAUUAGAUUCCGCCAUUCUUAGGUUUGAAGAUCAAAUUCAAAUGUAA